AUGUGAAAAUGCUAGGUGUCCAUUAUCCAGUUCUCCUUAACCCUGUUAAGAUUCCAGAACUGCAUGUUGCCUCAAUUGAAGACAAUGGGAUAGUGAUAGGUGCAGCAAUCCACUUGGCCCAGCUGAGAGAUUUCCUGUUCACCGUGGUCUCAGAACUCUCAAGGGAGAAAACCAAGACAUACCAGACUCUGCUGAAGCAGCUGAGGACGCUUGCUGGAGAACAAAUCAGGAAUUUGGCUUCUUUAGGAGGACACAUUGUAAGCAGAGGGUCAACUUGGGAUCUGAACCCUGUCCUUGCAGCUGGGAAAGCUAUUCUCAACUUGGCAUCCAGAGAUGGAACACGGCACAUUCCACUGAAUGAUGAAUUCCUUGCACGAUUGCCACAAGCAGAUCUUUCACAAAGAGAGGUCAUCGUCUCUGUUUUUAUUCCCUUCUCAAAGGAAAAUGAAUUUGUGUCAGCUUUCCGGCAGGCUGAGCGUCGAAAAAAUGCAUUAUCAGUGACAAAUGCCUCAAUGGCUGUCGUUUUCCAGCCAGGCACUGAUGUCAUUGAGGAUCUGACUAUUUUAUAUGGAGGCAUUAGCUACACAACUGUGAGCGCAAGGAAAACAUGUCAGGAGCUCAUCGGAAGAAACUGGAAUGAGCAGAUGCUGGAUGAAGCUUGCAGGCUGAUUCUUGAAGAAAUUAUACUUUCUCCCUCAGCACCAGGUGGAAAAGUGGAAUACAGACGAACUCUCCUGGUCAGCUUCUUCUUUAGAUUCUAUCUGGAAGUGCUACAAGCUUUAAAGAGCAUGUAUCCAUCCAAAUAUCCUGACUUGCCAAACAAAUACAUGAGUGCUUUAGGCGAGUUCCACGACAAAUCACCCCAGGGCAUGCAAAUAUAUCAGGAUGUAAACCCAGAUCAGCCUCCUCAGGACCCAGUAGGGCGUCCCAUCAUGCACCAGUCUGGAAUUAAACAUGCCACCGGUGAAGCUGUCUUUAUUGACGACAUUGCUCCAGCAGAUGGACAGCUCUACAUGGCAGUGGUAACCAGCACACGAGCCCAUGCAAGGAUUCUAUCAGUUGAUGUAUCAGAGGCCUUAGAUUCCCCAGGAGUAGUUGCUGUGGUCAGAGCUGAUGAUAUUCCAGGGGAAAAUGGAGAUGGUAAAGAGAAAGUGUUUGCUGAAGAUGAGGUAAUAUACAUUGGUCACAUUAUCUGUGGUGUAGUUGCGGAAACCUAUGAAGUUGCAAAGGAAGCCACAAGGAAAGUGAGGAUAGAAUACCAAGAUCUGGAACUGACUUUGACGAUUGAGGAUGCAAUUAAGCACAACUCAUACCUUUCUGAAGAAAAGAAAAUAGAAAAAGGAAAUGUUAUGGAAGCAUUUAAUACAGCUGAGGAUAUCAUUGAAGGUGAAUUCCACAUUGGAGGGCAAGAACAUUUUUACCUGGAAACAAAUAGUGUAUUUGUUAUUCCAAGGAAAGAGGAUAAGGAAAUGGAUAUAUAUGUGUCUACCCAGGAUACUGCAAAAGUACAGGAAUUAGUGGCUACUGUAUUAGAUGUUCAGGCCAAUAGGAUCAUGGGCCACACAAGGCGAGUUGGCGGAGCUUUUGGAGGCAAAAUCACAAAACCUCCAUUUUUUGCAGCAGCUGCAGCAGUAGCAGCACACAAAACUGGCCGUCCAGUCCGUUUUAUCCUGGAACGAGAUGAUGACAUGCUUAUACCUGGAGGUCGGCAUCCUCUUUGGGGGAAAUACAAAGUGGGCUUUAUGAAGGAUGGUAAAAUCACUGCUGUUGACCUUCAGUUCUACAUAAAUGGUGGGUGUACACCUGAUGAAUCUGAACUGGUAAUAGACUACGUUGUGCUGAAAAGUUAUAAUGCUUAUGACAUCCCCAACUUCCGAAGCCGUGGACGUGCCUGCAAGACCAAUUUGCCAUCCAACACUGCAUUUCGAGGAUUUGGUUUCCCACAAGCAGCCCUUUGCGCAGAAACGUGGGUGACAGCGGUAGCAGAGCAGCUUGAUUUGCCACAUGAUAAGGUCAGAGAGAUAAACAUGUACAAAGAAGUUACUCUAACUCCCUACAAAGAAGAGGUGGAUCCCAGAAAUCUGGUUGCAUGCUGGAAAGAAUGCCUGGAGAAGUCUGAUUACUACAACAGGCGAAAAGCAACAGAAGAAUUCAACAAACAAAACUACUGGAAGAAGAAAGGGAUUGCAGUCAUUCCCAUGUUGUUUUCAGUUGGAUUUAAUGCCACAUAUUACCACCAGGCUGCAGCUCUGGUUCAUAUCUAUCUGGAUGGAUCAGUGCUGGUUUCCCAUGGUGGAACUGAAUUAGGACAAGGCAUUUAUACCAAGAUGUUACAGGUUGCCAGCCAUGAAUUAAAAAUACCUUUGUCUUACAUACACCCUUAUGAAAGAACCACAGUCACAAUCCCUAAUGCAAUUGUCACUGCAGGAUCAGUUGGCACGGAAGUCAAUGGGAAAGCCGUCCAGAAUGCUUGCCAAAUUCUCCGGAAGCGCCUAGAGCCAAUAAUUAAAAAGAACCCACAAGGCAAAUGGGAGGACUGGGUUAAAAAAGCUCAUGAGGAAAGCAUCAGUCUCUCAGCUACUGGAUUCUUCAAGUAAGGAAUCCAUUAUCAUUUUCUAAAUGAAGAAGGUCAUGCAUUUCCAUACUAUGUGUUUGGUGCCGCUUGUUCUGAGGUUGAGAUUGACUGCCUCACAGGUGAUCACAAGAACAUCCGGACGGACAUUGUCAUGGAUGCCUGUUUCAGCAUCAAUCCAGCUAUUGACAUAGGACAGAUUGAAGGUGGCUUUAUUCAGGGACUUGGACUCUAUACCAUGGAAGAAAUAAAAUUCUCUCCAGAGGGAAAGCAGUACACACUUGGUCCAGAUACGUAUAAAAUUCCUGCUGUCUGCGAUGUCCCAGAACAGUUUAGAAUCUACUUGUUGCCAAACUCAAGAAAUCCAAUUGCAAUCUACUCUUCAAAGGGUAUGGGGGAAGCUGGGGUAUUCCUGGCAUCCUCUGUGUUUUUUGCUAUAAGAGAUGCAGUGGCCGCUGCCCGGAAGGAAAGAGGAUUAAACCAUGCUUUCAUACUGGACAGUCCCCUGAAUGUAGAGAGGAUCCGCCUGGCCUGUGCUGAUCACUUUACAGAGAUGAUUCCAAAGGACAAGCCUGGGACCUUUAAGCCAUGGGCUAUUAAUGUAGAUUAAUAUUCUAUUAGGAGCCAGCGUAGUGUAGUGGUUAGAGUGCUGGACUAGGGCCGGGGGAGACCCAAGUUCAAAUCCCCAUUCAGCCAUAAUACUAGCUGGGUGACUCUGGGCCAGUCACUUCUCUCUCAGCCUAACCUACUUCACAGGGUUGUUGUGAGGAGAAACUUAAGUAUGUAGUACACCGCUCUGGGCUCCUUGAAGGAAGAGCGGGAUAUAAAUGCAAAAUAAUAAUAAUAAUAAUAAUAAUAUUUUCCUCCAUACAUACGUGAUUGCUUUAGUAGAUCACUGGUCUAUGCUUCUAAACCUAAUCAAAUAAACGAUUAACAAAUCACACCUAGAACAUCAUUGAACAAAGGUGUUCAUUUCAGCUCUACUGGACUGAUGUAAACUAUAUAUAUUUUAAAAUGAUUUGCUAGGAUACAUUGUUAUAUCAUUAUAAACCCUGAGUAACCCAUGAAUUUCACCUGGGUGUAGGAAUGUGCAAAGGGUAAGAUAAUACCAAACCACAAUGGCCGUGGAAGGAUCAUUAAGCCAACUGCAACCUUCAUUUUCACUUUGUGUUGGGCUUCCCAAAAGGUUUAGAGUGGCAUGUGAGAAAUUCCCACUUCUUUUAAUCUUCUCGGCAAUCCAGAACAAGUGAGAGAUCCCACCUCCUUUUCUUCAGAAUUCUUGGAAGAAAGGGUUCUCCUGUUGGGUUGGGCUUGGGACCAAGUUAUCAUGGCAGGUGGGAAGGAAAGAAAGGACUAAAUCAAUGCACAGGCAGAGGAGAACAUAUUUAAGCACUCAGUCCACAAACUCUAUCCUCUCUGCUCCUUGCUAGGUAAGCAGGCUCUUUGUUGGAUAUUGUCCAUGGACAAACCCCGCCACACACACACUGCACAAAAAUAUACUAGAGUCAGCCUUGCCAGGAAAAUCUCAACUAAUUUUCCAUGUUUAAGAUUAUUUGUUUGAGUGCACUUGUUUGAGUGCAUUUACAAAUGUUUGGUACACAGCCCCUAGCUAGAUAGUAAGGGUGCAGCCACUAGGCAAGAAUGAGUACGGAAAUCUCAUAAACAGAAAAAUGACCAAGUGGUACGUGCUUUAUAGAUUCUGGUACAUAAGCUUUAUAACUUUAUAAAGUUCUCAUCAAUCCCUGUUGGAAUGGAAUAAAGACAUGUGCUGCAUACAAUACAAGUGAACAUAGGAACAUAGGAAACUGCCAUAUACUGAGUCAGACCAUUGGUCUAUCUAGCUCAGUAUCGUCUUCACAGACUGGCAGCGGCUUCUCCAAGGUUGCAGGCAGGAAUCUCUCUCAGCCCUAUCUUGGAGAAGCCAGGGAGGGAAUUUGAAACCUUCUGCUCUUCCCAGAGCGGCUUCAUCCCCUGAGGGGAAUAUCUUGCAGUGCUCACACAUCAAGUCUCCCAUUCAUAUGCAACCAGGGCAGACACUGCUUAGCUAUGGGGACAAGUCAUGCUUGCUACCACAAGACCAGCUCUCCUCUCCUAUUGGUAGCCAAAGCAAUUGCUUUAAAACAGGCAUAAAAUGGUCUCUCCAUAACACCCCAGAGACCAAUCUUGCUGCUGCAUUUUGAACCAAUGGAAGUUUGCAAACAACAUACAAAGGCAACCCCAGGUAGAACACAUUGCAGUAUUCAAGCCUAGAGAUUACCAGGCUCUUACCUCUUGCCUCCCCCGUCCCACUACAGUGUGCCUUUCCUCCACUCCAGGGGAGUGUGCUCUGUACAGGUGCUGCCCACCACAGCUCCUCUGUCUCCACCCUUCUUUUUUCGGAAGUGGGGGAGAGGAGGGGGUGGCCAGAAAGUCUCUGCUCCACUCUCCUCAACUAUAUCUUCUGGAAGGGCAUGGGGAGGUGAGAUGGGAACUCUUAUCUACAUUAAAAACAUGUAUAUCCUUCCAGGUGUGAAUUCUUUCAUCUUGUGUAAGAUGGUAGCUAGGAUUGAAGCUCUUUCCACAUUAUAGGCAUUUGUAUCGGUUUUCUCCUUGAUGACUUCCUUGGUGUUUUGCAAGGACUGAUCUCUGACUUAAGCUUUUUCCACAUUCCAGGCAUUUACAUGGUUUCUCUCCUGUGUGAAUUCCUUGGUGAUUCUUAAGAUUUGAGCUACGAAUGAAGUUCUUUAAUUCCUGCGUGAAUUUCUUGGUGUUUCUUAAGCACUGGCCAGGGAUGUAGCUAUAACUGAGCAGAUGAGUUCAAAGAACCCAGGGGCCCCCAGCUCUACUCCUCCCUAUUUUAUUCAUCAUCUCCAAGGGGCCACCAGGAGAGGGGUGAACACAUGCCCCCUCUCCCCUAGCUAUGCCCCUGGCGGCUGGCUUUGAGGAAAUGGUGGUGGCAAUUUACCUUUCAAGCAACUUGUAGCAUGUUGUAUGUGGGAUGUCUUUUGCUGGAGAUCAAAAAUGGCCAUUAACAGAACAUGGUCAACUUGGAGAGGCAGAACUUCCACUGUAGCAUUUUUAAUUAUUAUUUGACAACCAUGACUGUUUAAGAUGAAUGUGUGAUUAUUUGAGGUGAUUUAUAAUAUGAGCACUGUUAGCAAAGCAAAAUGAAUUCACAUGCAACAUUUGUUUUUUUCAUGUAAUUAUUCUGCUGUCAGCAUAUAGACAUAGAUGUACUUGUGUGGUAUUGCAGUGGAAAUCUGUAUGAGAUGGUGAAAUACAAUAAAGAUUAAGUCAACAGUUA